ACUGAAUUAAGAUGUUGGAUGAUGAUAGAAAGUGUUCUAAGGAUUUGAAUGAGUACUAUAAAUGUUUAAGUGGCAGUGGCAGAGAUCCUUCAAAAUGCCAAAAACAAGAAUUCCUUCUCCGGAAAUGCUCCACAACCGACAAGGAGAAUGAUUACUGUUUGAAUGAGUUGUUGGAGUUGUACAAUUGUAUCAAGAGACCAGAUGUGAAUGCCUGUGCCAGUGAGUUUCUCUUAUUUCGGGAAUGUAACAGACCCGAAGGACCCGAAAUUCUCAUACAAGAUGACAAGUACAAGUUGAGUUUGAGGCAUUUGGACAAGUACAAUGUGAGUUCGAAUGUCAUUUGUCCUGUCAACGCUCCCAAGAGAUCAUUGAAAACGAUUAACAGGUUACUUGAGCAAAUGAAACAAGUCACCGGAUUCAAAAACUACACCGAAAAAUUCACACCACAAGUCAAAUCAUAAAUAUUAUCACCAGUUAA